UGGAGCUGGGCUUUCGGGGAUUUUUGUAUCGUUUCUAUCCAUUUUAUACGAUUUGUAGUGAAAUGUUUCAUAAAUACUUUUAAUAUUUUGAUAUUUCUAUGUCGUUGCGUUUUUAAAGAGCUACCUGACUGAACCUGCUGCAACUAGAGCUUGCAGUCACGGGAUAAAAUUAUUACAUUUCGAAUCGGUAACUAACGUUCCGGUUGUCAGAGCCAGCAAAUAUCCCUAAAAUUAGAAACCCGAGGAAGUUGUAUAUAUUCGGGGAAAUAGUCAAUGAGAUAUUAUUUUAGCAUUUUUAGCGAGAGACGAGACAUAGCAAUAGCGCACUUUUAGCUAAUCUAUCAAAGGAACACUUGAUCAGAAUGACGGCGGUACAGUUGAUUAACAUCCAGAGGUUAUUGGAAGCGGCGGAAUAUCUAGAGAGGAGAGAGAGAGAGUGUGAACACGGAUAUGCCUCGACAUUUCCGUCUAUUCAGAACACAAACUACCAGAGACAAAGGAAAUUUCGAAAUAAAAAGUACAACAGUAAUCACAACAGGUCUACACACAAUGAGCUGGAGAAGAACCGACGAGCUCAUCUCAGGCUGUGUCUGGAGCGACUGAAGGCCCUCAUUCCCCUCGGACCAGACUGUAACCGUCACACCACGCUGGGCCUGCUUAACAAAGCCAAAGCACAUAUUAAGAAACUUGAAGACGUAGACCGGAAGGCACGGUGUCAGUUAGAGAAUUUGGAGCGGAGGCAAAGGCUGCUCCAGAGGCAGCUGGAUCUGCUGCAGGGUGGCAACCCCUCGCCCGGGGACACCGAGCGGAUACGCAUGGACAGCGUGGGCUCCACCGUCUGCUCCGAUCGCUCUGACUCCGACCAAGAAGAGAUCGAGGUGGACGUGGAAAGCACGGAGUUCUCCCAUGGAGAGCUGGACAGCGUGAGCACAGCUAGCACCAGCGACCUGGACGACCACAGCAGCCUGCAGAGCGUGGCCAGCGACGAAGGCUACUCCAGCUGCAGCAUCAAACUGGCCUUCUCCUCCUAGUGCCCCACCCCCAUCUCUGCCCCGCCUCCAACCACCAGACCCCGCCCAAGGCAACCACUUAGCCCCACUCCCUCACUGAGAAACUUCCGCUCUUA